AUGGAAAAAGAUAUCACCGCUGCAAGGGCCGUAGCCGAAUUCUUCAAAUCCCCCGAUGAUCUUGUCAAACUCUCUCAAACGCGCAAGAAACUCCAACGCGAACAGGCCAGUAUUGAUGCGAAACUAAAGGAGGGUGCCAAAGCUCAGCUUGACGCAACGAGAGAUGCAUUAGUCCGAUUACGAGAAACCAAGAAUGAAAUUGGAACAAUCAAGGAGGACAUGAUCGCUAUUGAGAAAGCUUGUGAAGAUCCAAGGGUCUGGGUUGAAGGAUUUGGAAAGAUCGCAGCUGUUUCAAGGAUUCAUCGAAACUUUGUGGCAACGGCAAAGAUGGUGGAGCAGUUGAGAGAAAUGAGUCUCAAGAUUGAAAGUGUUGAAAAACUGUUGGCUAAGGAUCGAGCGACACCCUUGGGUGAGGCGCCAAACCUACUUGCGAUUCAUUAUUGUCUGAGGUUAUAUAUCUUAAACGAGACCAUGUUACAGGCUACUCGAGACGGUCAAGCAUCAACGAUCAAAACUUUGGAAGGCUACUGCGAACGUUUAGCUGGUACUUUGGAAGCUUUUGAAUCGCAUUACCUACAUCUUGCCAGUAGCCUCUUGGAUAUAGUCAGGAAGGGUCAUGCAAAGGUGGCGAUCAAGAUUGCAAAGAUCGCGGAGAUUGAAGGACAACGCGACGAGAAGGCAAUCGCCAUUCGGUUGGUCAAAAGACAAAAUAAAGAUAUCGGCGCUCGGUUUCAAUCUGUUAGGGCUGAAGCUCGAGUCAUCAAACAUUAUCGAGCAAAGGUCAUGGAUUCCAUUCGGGCCAGCGCUAAAAACCUCAUUGAACGUCAAUUCGCCAAAUCUAAGGAUAACCCGGCUGCGUUCUUCGAAGGGGAGAACUUUGACUGGUAUUAUCAGGAUUUGCUCUUAGUAGAGGAGACUUUGAUUGAUAUGUUUCCUCAAGACUGGAAGGUGAGCUCCAUCUUCUGA